GCGGUGUGGAGAGCGCGGUGAGGGGUGUGCCUUCGGUUCCUAAACGCCACGGUUUGUCACCCGGGUUGGAUUUCGGCUUUCAAACCCGGCUCUGACAGGAUCCUGAGACUCCUGGCCAUCCCCACAGUGCAUCCCCAACUGUCAGUCACUGCAGACUCGGAUCUCAGGACUAGACUGGGUUUGCUGCCGCUCUGUCGCCGCCGGGACAGGUCAGGAUCCAGGCGAGGGUUUCAGCCUUGUGGCCUCUUCCUUCCGAUCCGACCUCCCAAUUCCGCCGCCCCAGCCAUGGCACAGAAACCCAAGAUAGACCCCCACGUCGGGCGGCUAGGCUACCUGCAGGCGCUGGUCACAGAGUUCCAGGAGACCGAGAGCCAAGACGCCAAGGAGCAAGUCCUCGCCAACCUUGCCAACUUCGCUUAUGACCCGGGCAACUAUCAGUACCUACGGCAACUGCAAGUCCUGGACUUAUUCCUCGAUUCGCUGUCCGAAGAGAAUGAAACCCUCAUCAAGUUUGCUAUUGGGGGACUCUGCAACCUAUGCCCGGACAAGGCCAACAAGGAGCACAUCCUGCAGGCAGGAGGCCUCCCACUCAUCAUCAACUGCCUGUCCAGCCCUAACGAGGAGACGGUGUUAUCUGCCGUCACCACACUCAUGUACCUGAACUCACCCGGGACCCGCUCCCAUUCUGAGCUGACCUCCCUGCCCGUGGUCCAGUGUAUGCUACGCUUUUCCCUCUCAACCAACACCAGGCUCCGGAACCUGGCCCAGAUAUUCCUAGAGGACCUCUGUUCCCCAAGCCAGGUGGCUGAGGCCCGCAGCCAGCAGGCCCAUUCUGCCCUGGGCAUCCCACUGCCCAAGACUGAGGCCCCACAGCAGCCCUGAUCCAGGGAGAACUCAAGAUCCCGCCACUUUCUGCCCGAGACUAGUCCAGGCAUAGGUUCAGGGAGCAGACGGCUCAUAGCACCUGCGCCCAUGCUGCCCAAGUUGGUGCCUGUGUGGCUGCAUGCACGGUGGAGUCUUGGCAUGACAGACAUUUACAUCUAGGAAAAGCCUAGGAGUGACAAAGCCAGACGGGAGAUGCUUAGAGGAGAAAAGCAGAGCUGGCCUGGCUUUCAUGGACUGGCACUGGAUAAACUACGGAGGGAAAACCACCUCUGGUGCCCAGUGCCCAGCUGAUACCGCGUGUAAAGAGCUCUGCACCUGGGAGAGCGGCCAGUGCCGUGCCUGUCCAGAGUAAUUCCCAUGGCUAGAGAUGCAGCCGCCCUACUGGCUGGGGAAAGUGCUGUGGGCUCAACUCCUCCAGUGUUGAGGCUGAGUAUCUGGUCACGGUGGACGUGGAUAACUCUGCAGACCCGAAACAACCGUCUGCUCUCUGUUAGACACCAUGUGAGCAAUGCAGAGAUGGAGUUUCUCCCCUUGGGUGUCACAGCUAAUGAUGGCUGACUAAAUGGCCACUGGGCUCUAGGAGCGAGGCCCUGC